UUUUUGUCUAUGAGACUAUAUAUAUUGCUCUUAAAUUCUCAUAAGAAACCAUUUUUCUUGUUCAAUAAACUUCGUUUUCUUCUUCAUUAAUUAGUUCUCCACAUGGAAGAAGGAAUUCCUCUGAUCACAACUCGCAGGCUCGAGCAGCAACACAGCUCCAUGCAACUCCCCGAAAGCCCGAAAGUUCCGAUGGAUUUCCUGUCGAGAUCAUGGAGCAUUUCUGCUCUUGAAGUCUCUAAAGCUCUCUCUUCAAAGGCUGCUUCCAAUAAAUCUACCAACAGUAGCUCUAGUUGCACCACUGCUACUUCUAUUCUUGAAGAAGAACAUGAGGAGAACAUUGUUAACGGUAGAAGUAAUAACACUACUGUUACCUCCUCCAAUCAGUUCUCGUUUGCUUCUUCGGCUAGUUCUCAGCUUCUUCUCGAACGUAUCAUGUCUCAAUCUGAAGUAUCACCGUUGACAUCUGGUAGAUUGUCUCACAGCAGUGGACCUUUGAACUUGGGAGAAUUGGACAGUCCUCCAAUUUCACCAUAUGAAGAGUUUGAUGAUGUUCUUAAGUAUUUUCAGUCACAGACCACCAUCAAUCCCUUCCUCAACGGCGGCCGGGCCAGCGCGGGCAACGGCAGUGGUGCACCCGCUGGUGGUGGGACUAAGACCGUUGGGAGGUGGUUGAAGGAGAGAAAAGAGAAGAAAAAAGAAGAAAGCAGAGCCCAUAAUGCUCAACUGCAUGCUUCCAUUUCAGUAGCAGCAGUGGCUGCUGCUAUAGCAGCCAUUGCAGCAGCUACAGCUUCUUCUUCUUCAUCAGGAAGAAAUGAGCAGUUAGCUAAAACUGACAUGGCUGUUGCAUCAGCAGCAACUUUGGUGGCUGCACAGUGUGUGGAGGCAGCUGAGGCUAUGGGAGCUGAGCGUGAGCAUCUUGUUUCUGUUGUGAGCUCUGCUGUUAAUGUUCGUUCUCAUGAUGAUAUCACCACUCUUACAGCUGCUGCAGCUACUGCUCUUCGUGGGGCAGCAACUUUGAAGGCAAGAGCAUUGAAAGAUGUUUUAAAUGUUGCAUCUGUUAUACCAACAGAGAAAGGGAUCGGUAUUUGCGGUACAGGAAAUAAUGUGAGCCAUAAUAGGACUUAUAGUAGUGGUGAACUUGUGUCUGGAGAUAACUCUCUUGGUGCCUGUAAUCUUGAGUUUCUUGCCAGAGGCAGUGAGCUACUCAAACGAACACGCAAAAGUGAUUUGCACUGGAAAAUUGUAUCUGUUUACAUUCACAGGUCUGGUCAGGUAAUGCUGAAAAUGAAAAGCAGACAUGUAGCAGGGACCAUAACCAAAAAGAAAAAGAAUGUGGUGGUGGAUGUGUGCAAGAACAUGGCAGCAUGGCCAGGGAGACACUUGUUUGAUGGAGGAGAUCAGCGUCGAUAUUUUGGAUUAAAGACGACAACGAGAGGCAUUGUAGAGUUCGAAUGCAAGAACCAAAGAGAGCAUGAUAUGUGGACUAAUGGAGUUUCUAAACUUCUUUCUAUUGUAUCCCAAAGGAAAAAGAGACUUUUUAGCUGAACUCUCUCUUAUUUUUACCUAGACAAAUUGCAUAACUAUCUGCUGAUGUGAGUAUUAGGAGUAUAGAAGUUAACAAGUAUUAAUAGAUAAGAGUUUUAGGUGUUUUGAUCAAGCAAAGGGCUAAUAUUUAGAUUCUAGUUAGAGCUUGGUAGCUGUUCCUGGCAGUUGAUGAAAAUAUUGUUGCUUGUCUACUACAAAACAAUCAAUAACGUAGUUUAUAAUGUUUUUCA